CUGCAGCGCACCGAGCGGCGGUGGCACAGAGAGAGGCUGCACAGGCGGAGGCUGCGGGCGGACGCGCGGGCCGGCGCAGCCAUGGUGAAGAUCAGCUUCCAGCCCGCCGUGGCCGGCGUCAAGGGCGACAAGGCGGAUAAGGCUUCGGCAUCGGCGUCGGCCCCGGCCCCGGGCCCGGCGCCGGCGCCGGCUCCGGCCGCUGAGAUCCUGCUGACGCCGGCUAGGGAGGAGCGACCCCCCUACCACCGCUCCAAGAAGGGGGGCUCGUUGGGCGUGUGCUACCUGUCCAUGGGCACGGUCGUGCUGCUCAUGGGCCUCGUCUUCGCCUCUGUCUACAUCUACAGAUACUUCUUCCUUGCUCAGCUGGCCCGAGACAACUUCUUCCACUGUGGCGUGCUCUACGAGGACUCGCUGUCCUCCCAGGUCCGGACUCGGAUGGAGCUGGAGGAGGAUGUGAAAAUCUACCUCGAAGAGAACUACGAGCGCAUCAAUGUUCCCGUGCCCCAGUUUGGUGGUGGGGACCCUGCAGACAUCAUCCACGACUUCCAACGGGGCCUCACCGCCUACCACGACAUCUCCCUGGACAAGUGCUACGUCAUCGAGCUGAACACCACCAUCGUGCUGCCCCCUCGCAACUUCUGGGAGCUCCUCAUGAAUGUGAAGAGAGGGACCUACCUCCCGCAGACGUACAUCAUGCAGGAGGAGAUGGUGGUGACCGAGCACGUCAGUGACAAGGAGGCCCUGGGCUCCUUCAUCUACCACCUGUGCAGCGGGAAGGACACAUACCGGCUGCGGCGCCGGGCUACCCGGAGGAGGAUCAACAAGCGCGGGGCCAAGAACUGCCACGCCAUCCGCCACUUCGAGAACACCUUCGUGGUGGAGACCCUCAUCUGCGGGGUGGUGUGAGGCCCUCCUCCUCCAGGCCUGCCCCUGCCCUCUUCUUUCUCCUUCCAGCCACUCUCUGGCCCUUCUCUCUCUCCCUUGCUUAGCUUGUUCUUUGGACACAUUUCCAUAGAUGUGACAUGUCCACCCUUCCUUUCCAGCCCUGCCGGUCACCGGUACCAGGGCCGUGACCUCUCGAGGCCCCCGCCUCUGCUGACCUCCCAGGGGUGGGGGAGGAGGGGACACCCAAGAUGGUUUCUGUGACCCAUCGUCUUGAAGUUGGGUCCCCAGUGGCUGGGCCAAGGGGAAGGACCUGAGGGAGGGGCCGGGCAGGGCGGAACUUGAGGUUCUGAAACACCGGCCCAGUUGGGAAAGUCCUCAAAGGCUUUUUCCCAGGGCACAACUUCCUCUGCUGAUUCCCAGCGCUGGGGUGUAGGCUGAGGAGGGGGCAUGUGCCCAGGGACGGACCCCACCAGAG